CGGGCUUCGUUGCGGCCCCAGUUGUCGAUGCGGCCUUAAUCGCUAUGGGUCGCUCAUUGCGUUCUCUGACCGCGUAUACCCGUCCGUUCACAGUCGCAAACGCUCGCCAAGCGACAACAGGAUGUCCCUUUUCGAAACGCCAAAGGUCCCAAAUUGCCCCAACCGCUGCUUUAAACGAGGAAAUUUUCGCCAAUGCGAAACCUUACUCCGAUGUCCCCGGACCGAAGCCAAUACCACUUUUGGGCAAUACGUGGCGGAUGGUUCCCAUUAUUGGGCAAUUCGACAUUUCUGAAUUCGCGAAAGUGACGAAAUUGUUUUUAGAAAGAUAUGGAAGAAUCGUUAGAUUGGGUGGUUUGAUAGGGCGACCGGAUUUGUUAUUUGUGUACGAUGCUGAUGAAAUUGAAAGGAUGUACCGACGCGAGGGCCCUACACCCUUCAGGCCUGCUAUGCCUUGUCUUGUGAAAUACAAGUCGGAAGUUCGCAAGGACUUCUUUGGGGAAUUACCCGGCGUUGUUGGAGUGCACGGCGAAAAAUGGCGGACAUUCCGCUCGAAAGUCCAACGUCCGAUCCUCCAGCCGCAGACGGUGAAGAAGUACGUGACGCCCAUCGAGCUGGUCACAGAGGACUUCAUCAGAUAUAUGGAGGAUGCCAGAGACGAGAACUGCGAUCUGCCGCAUGAAUUUGACAACGAUAUCCAUCGGUGGUCGCUUGAAUGUAUCGGUCGUGUUGCCCUGGACGUCCGGCUGGGCUGCCUCAAUCCCCAAGCGAGCGACUCGGAGCCCCAACGCAUCAUCGACGCAGCAAAGUUCGCACUCCGCAAUGUUGCUGUGCUAGAACUGAAGGCGCCGUUUUGGCGGUACAUCCCUACGCCGCUGUGGGCCAAAUACGUGAACAACAUGAACUUCUUUGUCGAAUUAUGCUCACGGUACAUUAACGAGGCAUUGGAGCGGUUGAAGACAAAGAAAGUGACGUCAGAGAACGAUCUCUCUCUGCUGGAGAGAGUUCUACGCAGCGAGGGAGAUCCGAAGAUAGCCACCAUCAUGGCCCUCGACCUUAUACUGGUUGGCAUCGAUACGAUAUCCAUGGCGGUAUGCUCAAUUUUAUACCAAGCGGCGAUCAGAUUAGAACAACAGGACAAAAUGGCGGAGGAAAUAAGAAGAGUGCUGCCCGACCCCAGCAAGCCCUUGAGCUAUUCCGACUUGGACAAACUUCAUUAUACAAAAGCAUUUGUAAGAGAAGUCUUCAGAAUGUACUCUACAGUCAUCGGCAAUGGUAGAACACUUCAAGAGGAUGACGUCAUUUGUGGAUACCAUAUACCAAAAGGGGUGCAAGUGGUGUUUCCAACGAUAGUGACCGGCAACAUGGAGCAGUUCGUCUCCAACCCUGAGGAGUUCCGUCCAGAGCGCUGGCUGGAGAGCAAUGGCCGACUGCACUCCUUCGCUUCUCUACCCUACGGCUUCGGUGCGCGCAUCUGUUUAGGAAGGAGAUUCGCUGAUUUGGAAAUUCAAGUCCUUUUGGCCAAGUUGCUGCGGCGAUACCGCCUGGAGUACCACCACGAGCCGCUGGACUACGCUGUUACGUUCAUGUACGCACCGGACGGGCCGCUGCGUCUGCGCAUGUUGGAGCGAUGAACAUAACCUAAGAUGCCAAGACAUAUCUCGAGAUGGGAGAAAGACAAAUGUAGACCAAUAGCGUCGGACUCAAAAAUAUCUCUCUUUCGUUGCGUUGGAAAAGACAGAGCGAUAUUUCAAUGUCGUUAUUGGUCGACAAUAUGUCAUUUUCUCUUAUAAGUGAUAACUGGAUAGCUUGACAUUUGCAACCAGUGGCAUUAAAAUCAAAAUCAAAUCCUUUGUUAUCAUUACAUGAAAUAACAGAAUAUGAUGUAUUUUUUUUAUUUGUAAUACAUGACACAUACAUUACUGAAUUAUGUUGUUGUUGUUUUAAAACAAAUAUAUUGGUUCCAGUUUUUAUAAUUUCAUAUUGCAUACAAUAAUAUAAAUGUAUGAACCUAGGUCUAAGCAUUUUUCAUACAAUCAUAAUUAUAUAUUUAUUAUAUUUUAUAUGGCAUAUAAUCCUGUGUAUAUUUUGUAAUGGAAUUGUAAAUAAAAUUUUUUUUCAGUAAAUAUUUUUACAUUAUUUUAACAAUAUAAAUGAGUGUAUAGUGUAUUAUUCACACUAGAAUUGUUUAUAUCAAUUUCAAAAUAAUAUUACGUAUAUUUUAUGUGCCCAGAAGUACAGGUGUAUACUGAACAUUUGGUAGUCAGACGACUGUCAUCUGUUUCGUAGCAAACCUUCAUCUAUCUGUUUAAUGGAUAAAAAGUGUCUUAUAUCAAAAUUAGGAUGUUAAAAAAUGUGUUACGACUGUGACUAUGAGUAAAAACUCCUGACUAAACUAAAUUCUCGCUGCCUUGCCAUGACAAAACAAAUCUUCAAAUCAUCAAUAGUUGAAAAAUCGCAUUUCUUUGGUUUUAGACCCAUUUUUUUAGGAAUAGUGUAUUCUAUUAAUGCUAUCUCAGGGAUUUUUAGUUUUGAAAAUAUUAUUUAAUUGUCGGUAUAUGUACCUAUCUAUACUAAUAUUAUAAAGCGGAAGAGUUUGUUUGUUUGUUUGUUUGUUUGAUUGAACGCGCUAAUCUCAGGAACUAUUGCUCCGAUUUGAAAAAUACUUUCAGUGAUAGAUAGCCCAUUUAUCGAGGAAGGCUAUAGGCUAUAUUUUGUUUUCAAAAAAAUUAGGGAUCCUUCUCCAAUGGGGAGGGAAACUCCAAUAAUGUAACCCAAGGUGUACAUGGCUUGUGUGGGAUAAAAGAGAUAAGUGGACCAGGGAAGUGACAGUGAUAUCCAAGGACAGGAAAAACGAAAAGAGGUCGCCCUGAAAAAUUGGAGGGUGACCUUAGAGAGACAGUAGGAGGCACCUGAAAAAGGAAAGCAAGGGACAGAGGAUUAUGGAUGUCUGGAAGAGGCCCGAUGACAAGCUGAAGAAAGAAACGGCCUCCGUGGCGCAGUGGUAUGCGCGGUGGAUUUACAAGACUGAGGUCCUGGGUUCGAUCCCCGGCUGGGGAGAUUGAGAUUUUCUUAAUUUGUCCAGGUCUGGCUGGUGGGAGGCUUCGGCCGUGGCUAGUUACCACCCUACCGGGAAAGACGUACCGCCAAGCGAUUUAGCGUUCCGGUACGAUGCCGUGUAGAAACCGAAAGGGGUGUGGAUUUUCAUCCUCCUCCUAACAAGUUAGCCCGCUUCCAUCUUAGACUGCAUCAUCACUUACCAUCAGGUGAGAUUGUAGUCAAGGGCUAACUUGUAAAGAAUAAAAAAAAAAGAAAGCUGAAUAUAUUAUUAGGAAUUAUUUAUGUCUACGUGCGAGGAACUCAUUUAUGAGUGAAUCCACAAAAAACUAUAUCUGAAGAUAAUGCGUGAUGUCAUGUCAUGGCAGAAUGUAGUAAAUAGUUAAUAAUGGUUAAUAGUGUAGUUAAUAAGUGAUUAAUAGCCAUGAGAUUUAGCAAGCGACUCGUAAUAUAUUUGAAUGUACUUUAAUAUAAAGCACUUUUCAUCACAACAGAUGGGUGAAGGUCCUAUCUAAUACGGAUCUUAGACUAUUCAAAUUUAAUCUACUGUGUUUUUCAAAGGGUUGCCACGACGCUAAAAGGUCAUCUUACCUAUGGUGAGAGCAUAGGUUGGCUUUUCAGAAUUUAUAAAAUAGUCUGGCCAGAUUUAUACUUAAAUUACAAUCACAGAUUCGUUUUAUACUAAACUAGCAGACGCCCGCGACUUCGUCCGCGUGAAACUCGAUGUAAACUUUCAACUACCCCUACCCAACUCUACCCCUACCCUACCUCUACCCUAUUCAUACCCUACCCCAACCUUUUCCUGAAUUUUCUUUGCUAUAAACCUCACGGAGCCCGAGACCUUUCCAACGAAUGCAAAACCGUGGAAAUCGGUUCGUGCGUUCUGGAGUUAUAGCGUCAGGAAGGAAAACCCGACUUAUUUUUAAAUAGUAGAUAAU